AAACCUGAACGUCGCUCGUCAGGCCAGACGAUCUAUCGAGAAUGAGCUCUCGGUACGGCGGCGCAGCUGGUCCUGCUGCAGGCUAUCACUCGCCCGUCCAAGGACCGCUGCCCAUUCCCAGCAGCUCGCCAGCUCUGGGCAGACAGUCCUACACACCCGGAGCACCAUCACGCUACGAACCCUCUCCCCGCGCUGCGGGAGGACGAGCAUACACGCCAAGCAGCGCACUCAGCCCGCCAACACAGCAAUGGAGUCCAAAGCUACCUCAACCGCCCGUCGUCGCUCCACAGACGGCCGGACUCGUCAAGGGUGUGCUCCAACCACAGAGUACGAUACAGAUUGGAAAGCAUGCUGUGACUGUGGAGAGGAAGAUUGGCGAGGGUGGAUUCGCGUUUGUCUAUCUCGUUCGAUCGGCCCAGCCAAUCUACUACCCUUCUUCGGCUGCUGCCUUCUCUUCGACGAGCUCGACCGCACCCUCACCACAAGGUGCACACGAAGGGCAUACUUGGCAUGUCCUCAAGCGCGUUGCCGUGCCUGACCGCGAGAUGCUAGCCGAAGUACAACAUGAAGUCGAUGUGAUGAGAAAAUUGCGAGGCCAUCGGCAUAUUGUCAAUUUCAUCGAGUCUAGCAGCGCGCCUCUGCCAGGUCCAACGGGCACAAAGUCGAAUGGAUCUGCCUACGAAGUCUACAUCCUUAUGGAGUAUUGUGCAGGUGGAGGUAUUAUUGACAUGAUGAACACCCGCCUCCAAAACCGAUUGACCGAGGGCGAGAUCCUCAAGAUGUUCAGUGAUACUGUUGAAGGAGUAGCACACAUGCAUUAUCAGGAUCCGCCGAUGAUUCACCGCGAUCUCAAAGUCGAGAACAUCUUGCUGCAUUCGCCCAACCUCUACAAGAUUUGCGAUUUCGGUUCCACUACAGUAGCGCUACCUAAGCCUCCUCAGACAAUGGCGGAAAUCCAGGCGAUGGAGGCAGAGCUCAACAAGAGUACGACCAUGCAAUAUCGUGCCCCAGAGAUGUGUGAUGUCUGGUCUCGCAAAGGUAUCACGACCAAAGCAGAUAUAUGGGCGCUGGGCGUCUUGCUCUAUAAGCUCUGCUAUUAUACCACACCUUUCGAAGAACAAGGCAUGCUCAGCAUCAUCAACGUGCAGUAUAAGAUACCGCCCUUUCCCGCGUACUCCAAGAACAUCAAGAACCUGAUUUCAAUGAUGCUACAGGAAAAUCAGCACGCGCGUCCGAAUAUAUACCAGAUUCACGAGCGCGUAUGUGCGCUCCGAGGGACUCCGAUCAAGAUACCCAAUAUUUACGCUUCGACGCCAUCUCCUAGCUUACAGCCGCCGAAUGGCCAUUCUUCGAAUAGCUCACCCAGUCAGCCAGGUUCAGCAUUCGAUAGCAUCAUCUCGCCCGUCGAUCGGCACGCUACGCCCGUUGCUCCUCUGGCAGACAACAUCAUGCCGGGAAGACGCGGUAGACCGAACAGACUACCCGCAGCAACGCUAUCCACCCCGCCAUCGCAGUCUGCCUCUCUGCGCUCGUCGCCUUUGCCUUCUGUCCGUCCGGUGCAUGCUCCGUCGGCCCCUGCAGAAGUAGCCAACGCUCUGGAGCAACAUGCUCUGGGAAGAGCUAGCACUGGCUUUGAUGACAACUUCGGCGCAUCCGCACGCACAGAUUUUACAUCUGCACCUCCGAGCAAGCCAGCGCAACCGCCUCGCCUCCAGAAAAUGACGCCCCGGUUCAUCGACAGAUCGGCGCAAACCUCGCCACAAUUACCAGAUGCGCCACGGUUCAAUGCCGUCAUCCGCGCACCGACUCUCUCUGACCAGCAGGCGGCGAGCACAUCGACAGCGCGUCCCGUCACGCCCGAGUUGCCACCCCGGCCGCAGUCGACGCAAGCCGUACAGAAGCAGAGCGAGCCUGUAGAUGUGCCACUGCGGCCUACGGUAUCAGAUUCGCCGAAAGCAGAGAUGUCUUUGCUUGAUGACCCCAACGAAGACCUCCUGCUACCUGUCGGUCGAUCGAUCGAGCGACCCCGGCAUAGCACCCCUACAGUGUCUGCUUCUGCUCCAUCUGCUUUACCGCAGAGUCUACCGACUCGGCGGGCCAGUCCUGCGAGCUUAGACUCGAGCGAUGACGAUGCAGAGCCGCCAGAGUCACUGGAGCGUAUGCACCCGCCCCAAGCAGAUUCGGUAGCUAAGCGACUUGCCCCGCCCAGUCGGCGGGACACGAUCAGUACCACUUCAGACGACAGCACGGGCAACUUCGACAUCGGGCCCGCUCUGGCCUCUAUACAGAAGUUUGCUCCCAAAGGCAAUGACAACCCACAAGCGCCCGAAGAAGUAACCAGACGAGCGGGACCGCCCAUCCAAGCGCCCAAGCCGCGUGUUGCGAUUGGCAGUCUAGUCUCACGGUACGAGACCCUAUCUGCUGGCAACCCGAAUCCGAACGCGAAAGCAAGCAAACCAGCACCGGCGCCCAAGCCGCCAACGCUGCGAUCGCAGACCAGUGCAAUAGAUGACGGCGAGGAAGUCAGCUUCUCUCAGCGUUUCCCUGCUCUCGAUGCAAAGCCAGAGCAAGCUGCGCGGCCACCGCCAUUCAAGCCAAAACCGCCGAGCAUGUCUCUACCGGUGACGAUGCACAGAGACCUGCCAAGUGCGCCUCCCAGCGCAUCGCGACGGAGUCCUCCUAAGGCAGACGAGGAAACGAGCUUCGAAGGUGUGGCCAAACUCAAAGAGAGAUGGGAUGCGCAAGGCUCAGGCUCGCGCACAAAUGCCCGACACUCGAUGCAAGCACCUCGACGGCAAUCGUGGCGUAAUGUAUAAUCCUGCAAAGCAACUUGUUGUACUGAAUUGCUGCACACUGUCUAGACGCCUUUC